ACAAAACGGCUCAAAGGCGGGUUUUGGAAUAAUUAGAAUGAAUUAGUCAUCUACUACGAUAAAAUAACUUUAAAUUACUUUCUGCAGGCGUUAUACUAUGUUAAUUAAGUCUCAAACGGACUCUAAUUCCAAAAUGAUGUCCGUGUAUAAUUUCAAUCGGAGUGAUAGUGAGAUCCUGCAAGAGCUGGUGCGCGUGUUUAGCUCGGGCCGCGGGACCGCCCGGGAGCAGUGGAGCGCGCAGGCCGAACUUAUAGUCGAACCAGUUGGUUGGGAUGCCUUGUGGAAGCUGUCGAAACAGUUUUGCAAGAGGUUUGAGGUCAGAUUCCCAUGCAUAGCCUAUGUCACCGUGUCAUCAGUAGACUUCGAGGCUCUCUCAGCAUCGGUGGAAGUACUGAGCGUGCAGCAUGAAGCUGUGUCUCUCCCGGAGACAGUGGAAGAUGUGCCGCUGAUAGAGCUCUGGCCGACGACUCAGCAGCGAGAGCAGUGCAUUAAUGAUGCUACUACGGCUGAAUUCAUUGACUUGUUGAGAUUCUACUACAACAACAUCUGGAUGCCCUGGGACGACCAGGACGACAAAGUAGUCCUCCCCAACAUCAUCGAAGACCGCAUGCAACUUUGGAUGGACCUGCACAACGGCACUAUACCCAACUGUGUCGCCCGCACUAUAACUCUGCUACGUAGCAGUGCGGUUAACGCUUAUGAGAAACUGAAAGAGCUGGACUCCUCACUUUACGAAGGGGGACUGACUGAUGAAGAUGAUUCCCUCCUGCCGCCAUCAUACAUAUCGCUGUGCGCAGUAAUGAGCGCUCGUCUGGACGGGCUCAUGUCGAAAUGGACUCUGUAUGAAAACCCGCUGAUUCGGGAACCGUACCUGGCUAAAGCGAGGGCUAAGUGGCAGAAACAUAAGGCACAGAAGAAUGUGGUAGCUCUCUGCCAAGGUGGCUCCAUCUCUGAAUUUGAAGAGAUAUUCAAGUUCCUCCGCUCCCGGGUAUCUAAGGAGCAGACCCUCAGCGUGGUGGUCUCUGCAGAGGAAGGUCUGGCUCUAGAACCGGAGGACAUAGUUGUGUGCAGUCCUAACUAUGAGGUGCCUGAGAUGCCGUUGUCACAGAUUUCACUGUGCAGUUUUAAAGGUGCCACCCUCAGAGCAGCAGAGAUGCGAACCUGCCUACUCCAUCUAAGCGAAGACUGCCGCCUGCGAGACUUAACCCUAAACUGCGCGCUCGUCAACACCGUCAUACUCAUGCGAGCGGGCACGUUACACGUCGCUAACUGCGCGUUGUCUGACGAUUCUGACAGUUGUCAGGGUGACUUCGCGCAAGGAAUCAUAGCGAUGUCCGGCUCAAAAAUUCUAAUCGAGAAUUGCACGUUCGACAACUUCUACUCGGGAAUAGUCGUGCAUAAAGGCGCUCAGGUGGAGCUAAGAGGCUGCAGCAUCAGGAAAUGUGGCGUUGGCAUCCAGAUCUACUCCGGGUCCUCAGUGCUUCUCAACGAGACCAGCAUAUCUGGGUGUUCGGAGCACAGUGUACGCUGUGAGAUGGACAAGACAGCUAGCAAGGACCUUAGCAGUAUUAAAGAACUCGAAAUAAUGCCGAACUGCAGGAUUGGUGCCGGCGACAUCAAGAGAGAAGUUCUCAUCGUGCCACAAGAUGCCAGCUUAUUUUAGACCUUGUGUUCAGAUAUAUAAGGUGUUACUUUCAACCUGUAGCCAUUGAUGGUCAUAAAGAUAAUUCUAUUAGGCCAAUCUUAUCAAAUUAAAAUAACGAAGUAAUUUAAUAACCGCCAUAAUUAAAUUUAAAUUUAAUAACCGCCAAAAGCGUAAUGAUAGAAUUAGAACGGGCGCAGCGAGCCGUACUGAAGGUAAUGUUGAGGAAACCUUUUCGUUAUCCCACCGACGAGUUGUACAGAGAAACAUCAGUUCUUAGAGUUCGUCAACUUUUCAUAGUAAAAGCUGUUACAGAAUCUCAUAGAAUUGCUGUAUCUUCUGUUGACCACAUCAGGCGACGUCUGAAGCGUAUUAAUCACCUUACUAUUUCUUGUCCUAGAGCCCAUACUGCGUUCGCCAAACGCUUUCCAUUCUUUCUACACCCUACAGUCUACAACAGGGUCUCCAAGAUAUGUAACUUUGAUGACUUCUCUUGUUCUAUCUUAAAAUCAAAAACUAAAAAAUGGCUUCUUUCUCAGUCCUACGAUCAAACAGAAGAAAUAAUUCAUACUUAGUUGCGUAUACUCACACACACACACACACACACACACACACACACACACACACACACACACACACACACACACACGCGCACACUCAUUAAAUGUCACUUCCACAUAUGCAUGUCUGCCCUGUUUACUUAGUUUAAAUAGCUUUUUUUUUAUUGUCUCUGUGCAUGCACUUUUCUAGAAUUUAAUGUAAUUUGUAUUACCUUUGUAAAAAUAUUUUUCAAAAAACAAAACGGCCAACAUAUUCCGUUUAGACAAAGUCCCACAGUUAAAUCUAUUUUUUCGGUUCCCGAGAUACAGGCUGCGCCUAGUUUGGGGCCGACGGAUAUAACCUUAAUGGCAAAAAUGUAAUUAUGUUAAGUUCUGCUUGGAAAUGUACCUGGCCCCGUAGCCGAAUGGCAUUUCUCCGACGCCAAACGAAAGCGAUACGCCGCUGGCUCUGUCGCGCCAAUACGCAAGCGCGAUAGAGAUAGAUAUCUACUAGCGCUUCGUUUCGUGAGCGUUUCGUGAGCGAUUGUGCCAUUCGGCUAGCCACCCUGUAUAGAUAUUUUUUGGCAAAUAAACGAUUUAUGAUUAUGAAUUUAAAAAUGGUUGUUAAAAAAUGUUGAUAUUUUGGGCAAAUUGUUAAAGUCGUGGAAAUUUGGGACUUUUUAGUGAAACGGUCCCAUAAUAUGAAUUGUCAAUUUGUCAGUAAGGUUGAAUUCUGACUGUUUAUGACAGUAUGCCUUCAUUGUCAAUAGAACCAAAAGAAUACAUAUUUGUAUAUACACUUUUAGAUGGCAGCGAAUUUUUACACACUUGUUUUUUAAUGAACAGAAUACUAAACUGCAAACGAAUAUCAUAGUCAAAUGCGUUUUGUAUUGGCUAUAAGAAAAUAUUAUUAGAAAACUAGGGACCAAAUUAACGUUGAAUUUCAAAACUUUAAAUUGCUUUACCUAUGUAACAUAUAAUUUUAUGUUUUUGUGUUAAUUAAAUACAACUUUUAUGACGAUAAGGCAGCACUGUUGUUAUGCACGUAGCCAAUAGCUGAAUAAAUGUCUUCCUUUUAUA